AGCGUACUGCGACUACGACUGCGACCGCCGGGCCCUCGAGAACCUUCUGGGCGGGGGACUCGUCGUCAUCGAUGACAUUUUACUUGGCCCGAGAGCAAUCUGCUCUGUGGAGAAUCUGGAUUGCACAAGCCCCAAGCUGAGAAUUGCACUUCGACACAUUUUGCGUGUUCCGCGUCGCGGUUAUGAAAGAAGUCGAGGAGCCGGUCUCUGUAGGUGUUGGUGGUGGUGGUCGUCGCGAAGGUGUGGUCGGAAGCGGGUCCGGACGAGAGCAGAUUUCGAGAAUUGCAGAAUUCGGGACAGAUGAAUCGGGGGAGAAAUCGACGCGUCGGGGGUGGGAAUGGCAUGCUCUACAUGCUGGCACUUCAUGCCGCCUCUCAGUUCAUGCAACUCCCUCGCAAGCCUCCCGUUACUGCAACCCUAAUACUGGCCAACACGAUCGUGCAUUUGAGGCCAGGUGUUCUUGAUCUCGUUCUUCCCACUGUGCAGGAGGUUUGCCUCAAUCCGUAUCGAGUCUUGAAGGACUGGGAUGCAAGGCGAUUACUCUUGUCCGCAUUUUAUCACGUGGACGAUGCCCACCUUGUGUACAAUAUGAUAUCCCUCUUAUGGAAGGGUGUGCAAUUAGAGGGGUCGAUGGGCAGCAAGAAAUUUGCAGGCAUGGUCGGGGUUCUGUUGGGCUUGUCACACGGGCUAGUCGUCGUAUCAGCCAAAUUUCUGUAUUCUUUUGCAGACAACCCGGGGCCCAUGUACUCUGAGUGUGCCGUGGGCUUCUCUGCCGUUCUUUUCGCCCUGAAGAUGGUUUUGAAUUGGAAUUCUCCGGAUUACACGAAUGUAUAUGGCGUUCUUAUUCCAUCGCGUUAUGCUGCCUGGGCAGAGCUUUUCUUUAUUCAAAUGUUCGUUCCAGGCACCUCGUUCCUCGGGCACCUGUGCGGCGUCGUUGCAGGAUUGAUUUACAUCAAUGGAUCCUUCUUGUUGUCUGGCACUCGAGCCCCCGUUGGCUGGGUGAAGAAAGUGCUGCAGCGUCCGAUUUCUCUUCUUUUGUGGCCAUUCACAAGGUUCGGCAACAGCUCCAGAAGAGGAAGGACUUAUGGACGGGGAUUGGCCAGAGGGGCAACUGGAGUGUGGCGUUGUCUUGUAUGUACAUAUGAUAACAGGAGCACCUCACACGAGUGUGAUAUGUGUGGCGCUCCCAGGGGAAGUGCUCGAGAACAUUCGGUGGGUGAGACCGAACCAUCUGCUCCGCCAUGGCCAGAAGAGGAUUUUGACGCCAGCCCCCCUACCAUAGAAGACUUGAGACGAGCUCGACUGGCCCGUUUCAACAACAGGGCCAGAUGAUUCACCCGAAGAGCUCGUCUUGUUUAUUUUGCCACUGUUUUGUCAAAACGCCCAAUGGGGGAAGUUAUCGUGUAGAUAAUCUCAAUUGUACAUCCUCCUUCUGGGCCCAGCUUCUCUCAUUGCGACCUGAUUAUUCGAUGCCCACAUUGGUGCAUCUGAUUUCAUGGUUAUAAAAAAACUUUUUACAGUAACCUUUAUAUACGGCAGACUUUUCUUGAAGCAGAGCCUCCGAAGCAGUUUGUUAGCUUUGGCGAGCAGGAGAAUACACAGUUAAAAGUAGUUCGUUCGUAUCAGGGACCUUCUUCACUUAAACGAGUCCAGAGGAGGGCGUGUCAAAAUCCGGGCCUGUGCUAGCUAGAUUCGCAUCCGUGCAAAUAGAAACUGAGAAAACUUGAAGCAUUGUCCUACCUGUUGAAACCACUAUCUCAUUGUAUACACUGGAGUUGUGCCUGACAUUGCGGGACAAUCAUAUCAUCACACUUUCACAACGAGGGUCUACGAAUGUGUGGUGAAUGGAAGUAUACGGAGGAAUGUCAGUUGUUACGGGUCAGCUCAGAGCAGUGCAUUUAAAGGUGAAAUGUGGUUCCCGCUUGUAUUUUUGGUCUGUGGAAGGAUGUUUUAUAAACAAGC